AGACGGGUGGGAUCGGUGGGACAACCCCGGUGGCACGGUCGUAAUGCGCGUGGAUGUGUGACGGGAUCCGUCCACGCUCAGUAUAUGGUCGGCACCAGGCUGUUGCCGUCCUGCCCGCUCACACUGAACAGGUCCCGGGUGCAGGCGCCGUCCGACUGGCCUGCCAUCUGCCGGCACGAUUGCUAACUGCAACGGCAGGAUGGGCUCGGAGCGGCCGGCCGUGCUGCGGCAGCGCUCCUCGGAGCGCGGCGACGCCGGCCUGGCUCUCGAGCACACCAUCUGCCUGCUGGAGCGCGGCACGGCCGUCACGCGCUUCUGCCUGCGCCGGCGACCCGAGCGCAAGUCGCUGGCCGUGCGCCGCGAGACGGGCCAGCUGAUCUGCCUGAAGGCCAGCGUGCCGGAGCGCGGCCGCGGCGACGACAGCGAGAUGCUGCUCGACCUGCGGACGGUGCGGCAGGUGCGACGCGGCCGCGGCUCGCGCGAGUUCGAGCGCUGGCCGGAGGAGGCGCGCCGCUGCGACCCGGCCAAGUGCUUCGUGGUCAGCUACGGCACCCAGUUCUGUCUGAAGACGCUGUCGGUGGCGUGCCUGUCGGAGCGCGAGUGCGACACGUGGCUGCGCGGGCUCGGCGCGCUCGUCGUCGAGGCGCAGGAGACGCCGUACCCGUCGCAGGUGAUCCGGUGGCUGUUCAAGGAGUUCUACGGCAUGGGCGGCGCCGUCACGCUCAAGGACCUGAAGGCGUUCUUGCCGCGCGUCAACUGCAAGCUGUCGACGGCACGGCUGAAGGAGCUCUUCCAGGAGGCGGACGAGGCGAAGAAGGGCCGCAUCAUGUUCGACGACUUCCUGCGGCUGUACUACCGCACUGUGUGGGACCCGCAGGUGCUGGUGGGUGACCUGCAGCGGCUGGUGCGGCCCGGCGAGCCCGUCUCCGUCGCCAUCUUCUGCCGUUUCCUGCAGGACGAGCAGCACGACCGGCUGGGCGCCGACGAGGCGGCCGCCGGCCAGUUUCUGCGCGACUACCUGCGCGACCCGCAGCGCGACGUGCAGGAGCCGUUCCUCAGCGCCGACGAGUUCGUCGGCUACCUGUUCAGCCGGCAGAACGAGCUGUGGGACGCGCGCCACUCGUCGGUCACGCAGGACAUGACGCGGCCGCUGGCGCACUACUGGAUCGCCUCCUCGCACAACACGUACCUGACGGGCGACCAGUUUUCGUCUGAGUCGUCGGUGGAGGCGUACGCGCGCUGUCUGCGCCAGGGGUGCCGCUGCAUUGAGCUCGACUGCUGGGACGGCCCGGACGCCACGCCGCUCAUCUUCCACGGUCACACGCUCACCUCCAAGAUCAAGCUGGUGGACGUGGUGCGCUGCAUCCGCGACAACGCCUUCGUCACGUCCGAGUUCCCUGUCAUCCUGUCGAUCGAGGACCACUGCAGCCUGCCGCAGCAGCGCAAGAUGGCGGCCGCCUUCCACGAGGUGUUCGGCGACAUGCUGUUGACGGCGCCCGUCGACCGAGCCGAGAGCGAGCUGCCGUCGCCGCAGGCGCUGCGCCGCAAGAUCCUCAUCAAGCACAAGAAGCUGCCCGAGGGCUCGGACGAGGUGGUCGUCACUAGUCAGGACGACGGCUUCGACGGGCUCGAUCUGAGCGACAGCCUCAAGAACGGUAUCCUCUACCUGGAAGACCAGGUGUACGGCGACUGGACGCCGCACUUCUUCGUGCUGGCCAACCAGCGUCUGUACUUCACAGAGGAGCACUCUGCCGAGCCGGCCGACGACGACGGUGACGAGGCCGAGCCGCUGCCGCCAAAGGCGAACGUGCCCAACGACGAGCUGCACUUCGGCGAGAAGUGGUUCCACGGGCGGCUACAGGGCGGCCGGCAGCGCGCCGAGCAGCUGCUGCGCGAGUAUUCGUACCUCGGCAACGGCACGUUUCUGGUGCGCGAGAGCGAGACGUUUGUUGGCGACUACUCGCUGUCGUUCUGGCGCAACGGCAAGGUGAACCACUGCCGCAUCCGCACCCGGCCUGAGUGGGGCCAGAACAAGGUGUACCUCAUCGACACAGUAACGUUCGACUGCCUGUUCAACCUCAUCAACCACUACCGCGCCAACCCGCUGCGCACGCAGGACUUCAACAUGCUGCUGUCGGAGCCGGUGCCGCAGCCCAAUCAGCACGAGGGCAAGGACUGGUACCACGCGGACUGCUCCCGCGACCGUGCCGAGGAGAUGCUGCGUCGCGUGCCGCAGGAGGGCGCCUUCCUGGUGCGGCCGAGCCAGCGCGACGCGGCCGCGCUCUCGCUGUCGUUCCGCGCCGAUCGGCGUAUCAAGCACUGCCGUGUGCGCCGCGACGGCCGCCUCUACGUCAUCGGCACCGUGCAGUUCGAGAGUCUGGUCGAGCUGGUCGCCUACUACGAGAAGCACCCGCUGUACAAGAAGGUGCGGCUGCGCUACCCGGUGACGGAGGAGCUGGUGGCGCGCGCCGCGCCCGAGAAGGGCGGCGCGCCGGCUGACGGCCACGCCUCCGGCACCUACAUGGACCCGGCGUCGUUCGCCGCCAAGGUGACGGUGCGCGCGCUGCACGACUACCGGGCGCAGCGGGACGACGAGCUCACGUUCUGCAAGCACGCCGUAAUCACCAACGUGAGCAAGGAGAACGACGGCUGGUGGCGCGGCGAUUACGGAGGCCGCCGCCAGCUCUGGUUCCCCAGCAACUACGUGGAGGAGGCGGAGGCGUCGGACGAGGCCGACCCGUCCGUGCUCGGCUCGCUGCAGCAGGGCUCGGUUGCGCUGCUGCGCGCGCAGGUCGAGCUGCUGCCGGCGCCUCCCGCCGCCGACGGCGCGCCGCAGCUGGAGUGUGUGCUGCGCGUGCUGCCGGCCACGUCGCUGACGCCGGUCGACCUGGGCUGCGCCAGCUGGACCGAGGGGCGCGACUGGGAGCAGCGCGUGCGCCAGGUGGCCGAGAGCGGCCAGGAUGCGGGCGGCGCGCGCCGUGACAUGGAGCGCAUCAAGCGCAUCGCCAAAGAGCUGUCGGCGCUGAUCGUGUACUGCCGUACCGAGACCUUCCAGCCGGAAAAGUUGCGCGACGGCCGCGUCUUCCAGGAGAUGUCCAGCUUCCCCGAGACCAAGGUGGAGAAGUGGGUGCAGCCGGCGCAGGUCAAGUUCUUCCUGUGGUACAACCGGCUGCAGCUCAGCCGCGUCUAUCCCAAGGGCCAGCGCAUCGACUCCUCCAACUACAACCCGGUGCCGAUGUGGAACGCCGGUUCGCAGAUGGUGGCGCUCAACUACCAGACGCCGGACCGACCGAUGCAGCUGAACCAGGCGCGCUUCAUGCAGAACGGCGGCUGCGGCUACGUACUGCGUCCAGCCUUCAUGCAGGGCGACGAGUUCGAUCCGUUCGACAAAUCGACGCUGCCGUUUCCGCCCACCGUCUACACGCUGCGGAUCGUGGCCGGCCGGCACCUGAUGAAGCAGGGGCGUGGCCUGGUCAGCCCGUUCGUCGAGGUCGAGGUGGUCGGUGCCGAGUACGACAAUUUCAACAAGUACACCACGCGCGUGGUGCCCGACAACGGCCUGGCGCCCGUCUGGAACGAGACGUGUCAGUUCACCGUCCACUGUCCGGCACUGGCGCUGUUGCGCUUCGCCGUGCACGACGAGGACAUGUUCGGUGACCCCAACUUCCUCGGCCAGGCCACGUACCCGCUGCCUUGCGUGCGACCGGGCUUUCGCAGCGUGCCGCUGCGCAACGGCUUCGGCGAGCUGCUGGAGCUGGCCUCGCUGCUGGUGCGACUGGACGUGCGGCCGGCGGAGCCAGCGCCGCCGUCCGUCAACCAGGCGCUGGAGGGGCUCGUGCUGCCCGCGCCCGACGGCGGCUCCGUCAUCGCGCCGCUG